UCUCAACAACAUCGUCCAUGGCUUGUAGCAGGUGAUUGACCCAAUGGACGUUAGGUUAGAAUCAAGAUGACUGCAGUAACGUUAUUGUAAAAAGAAGUAAGAAAAUACAGAGUAAUAAAAAUGCUUUUUCAAUCUUCAUCCUAGCUAAUAGGUACCGAAGACCAAGCGGUGAGAGUCUUCUCUCUCCUUCCUCAUCUUGUACUCGGGGCAUGGACUGGGCUGCUCCUGAGAUUCAUGGAUUUUCGGGAUCACCAUGCUCCGCCGCGAAGGUUGCGCAAUUGGUUUAAGUGGAAAAACAAGGGGGAACGCCAAUUUCAUUACAAUGAAGUUUCAGAUUCCGAUGAAGACGAAGACAUUGAUUGCUCGGAGAACGGAAGUGCUAGGUCCUUGGACAUGGGAUCUUUCAUUCUAACAAAUGAGCUCAGAGUCUUCGUGGGUACAUGGAAUGUUGCUGGAAGGUCUCCUGUAGGGAGCUUAGCUGUAGACUUGGACGACUGGUUGAACCUCAAGGACCCAGCUGAUAUUUAUGUUCUUGGCUUUCAAGAGGUUGUUCCUUUGAAGGCUCGUAACGUGAUCGGAGCAGAAGAUACAACGGUGGCAACAAAAUGGAACUCCCUCAUCGGAAAGACCCUCAACAAUAAAUUUGGGUGCCCUUGGUUGACGCCCAUGUUGCACCCGGUCUCCGGCGACAAUUACUAUAAUCGACAAACACCAGGCCACGUCACGACCCCUGCGAGAGACCGGCCGAGGACGACGCUGCAAGAGGAGGAAGCAGAUGGUGCGUCCAGUAAGUACAAGCUGAUGGCGAGCAAAAAGAUGGUCGGCAUAUUCAUUAGCGUUUGGAUGAAGAGGGAUUUGGUUAAGAAUUAUUGCAUCUCCAACGUGAAGGGCUGCUCAGUUGCUUGUGGAAUUAUGGGUUAUUUGGGAAACAAGGGAUCGGUUUCAGUUAGCAUGUCGAUCGAAGGAACCAGUUUUUGCUUUAUUGCUGCGCACCUAGCUUCCGGUGAGAAGAAAGGCGAUGAAAUGAGGAGGAAUUAUCAAGUCGCCGAGAUCUUCAGACGAACUUCAUUCCCUCGACUCCCUCAGGAUGACGAUAACCCACAUCCUCUGAGCAUCUUAGGACAUGACCGGAUAUUCUGGCUAGGGGAUCUGAAUUACAGAUUGUGCUUGGAGGACGGUUUGGCAAGGCAACUGAUAAGGAAGCAAGACUGGAGAUCAUUGCAAAAGUUUGAUCAGCUUCGGAAGGAACAAGAGGAUGGUGGCGUCUUCCAAGGCUGGAGGGAAGCGAGCAUAGAGUUCGCUCCUACCUACAAGUACUCUUCUUCCAACUGUAAUCGUUACUCCGGUGGUCUCCCUAGCAGAGCCGGAGAGAAGCAAAGAACUCCAGCAUGGUGCGAUAGGAUCCUGUGGUAUGGUAAAGGCGUAAAGCAACUGUGUUAUCACCGAAGCGAGAGUAGAUUCUCGGAUCACAGGCCGGUUUGUGCUGUCUUCUCCAGCCAGAUCGAAGUCGUAAAAUCCAUGAAUCCCCCCAAGGUUACCAGUGUUGCGGUCAUCUCUCCCCUGAUCACCCAGAGCGAGGGAAAGGUCGAGGGCAGGAGUACGCUACAGGCAUCGAUGAUGAGAGACAUUAAUGAAGCAUCAUCCAAGAAGACACCGUUGCCAUUCCCAUCCUUUUAAAUAAUUUCUCAUAGCUACUAUAGAUGCAUCACAGCUGCUGCUAUUGCUAACGCACUAUAUCUUCAUCUUAUUUGAUUUGUAUAAAACUAAGACAGGUCUUUCCGCUUUCCUUCUUGUAA